AGGCUGGGGAUGGAGAAGGGGAGGAGCCUAGAUCUGCCCCCCCUCCCAUUGGGCCUGCUGGGGAUAAAUGCUCCGCGUUCCUCUGGAGAUCAGAGCUUCGUCAUACUCCCUGUUGACAACAUGGCUAUGAUUCUGGGCUACUGGGACAUCCGUGGACUGGCCCAUGCCAUCCGACUACUCCUGGAGUACACAGAUUCUAAUUACGAGGAGAAGCUAUACCAAUGUGGGGAAGCUCCUGACUAUGACCGCAGCCAGUGGCUGGAUGUCAAGUUCAAGCUGGGCCUGGACUUCCCUAAUCUGCCAUACCUGAUUGAUGGGGAACGGAAAAUCACCCAGAGCAAUGCCAUCUUGCGCUACAUUGCCAGAAAGCACAACAUGUGUGGUGAGACUGAGGAAGAGAAGAUUCGUGUGGAUUUGCUGGAGAACCAGGUCAUGGACAUCCGUAUGCAGCUGGUUAGAGUCAACUACAGCCCAGAUUUUGAGAAACUGAAACCUGGGUACCUGGAGCAGCUCCCAGGGCAGCUGAAGCUCUUCUCCCAGUUCCUGGGAAAGCGGACAUGGUUUGCAGGGGAUAAGAUCACUUUUGUGGACUUCCUCGUGUAUGAUGUCCUAGACCAGAACCAAUUGUUUGAGCCCAAGUGCCUGGAUGAAUUCCCAAAUCUGAAGGAUUUCAUUGCACGCUUUGAGGCCCUGGAGAAGAUUGCAGCCUACAUGCGUUCUGACAAAUUCUACAAGCAGCCCAUCAAUAACAAGAUGGCAAAAUGGGGAAACAAAAAGGCUUAGCUGUGCCAAGACCCAACAGGAGAGGGGCUUCCUACUGGCCCUUCUCUGCUCUGAGUGGCCUGGUCUGCUUGACAGGGCUCCCUGGUCCUGCCUUUGCUGCUUCUGAGACACACUUGUGUCUCCCUCCAGCCUGCUCCCCACUUUUCUGGAGAUGGGUCUGGGGGAGGUGUGGUCACUGAGGCAGGGGAUGGGCCUGAGGAUGGAGAAGACAGGUAGAUACCAAUGGGGCUAGAAAAAGGGCCUCCCUCCUUCCCUGACCUCCCUUAUCCCUUCCUGCAAUCUUGUGAACCUGCUCUGGAAAUUAAAAAUAAACAUGAAUUUGUGUGA